AUGUGUCACGAUCCGUUUCACUUGCACCAAGCAACAGCCGGUUACACUACUGGGUGUAAAGAAAGGAACUUAAAGUUGAGUGGACUCUCCAAAAAGGACUAUUUUCUUACAGCUGCCAAGAUGACAUUACAAUUUAAAGAUGCCUUUUGGACAGAGGACUUCAUCAGUAAUAAUGGGUAUGAGGUUAUCAUUCAGAGGCUUAAUGACGGUCGACGGACAUGCAAGGACAUGGAGGAGCUGUUGAAAAUGAGGGCAUCGGCAGAAGAGAAAUAUGGCAAGGAACUGGUCACAAUCGCCCGCAAGGCCGGGGGUUUAAAUGAGAUCUGCACUUUGAGAAAAUCUUUUGAUGAAAUGAAAACACAAAUUGAAAAUGUAGGGAACCUGCACAUUCAGCUUUCUGGAUUCCUAAAGGAGGAGGUGAAGAGAAUGGAACAGUUCAGAGAGCGACAGAAAGAACAGAGAAAAAAGUUUGAAGGCAUCAUGGAGAAGGUCCAGAAGGCAAAAGUCUCCCUCUACAAGAAAACUAUAGAAUCUAAAAGAUCCUAUGAGCAGCGCUGCAGGGAGGCAGAUGAGGCAGAGCAAACCGCCGAGAAGAUGGGCAACACGCCCACAGCCACUCCCAAACAGAUUGAGAAGAUGAACAGCAAAUCCAGACAGUGCAGAGAAGCUGCACAAGAGGCUGAGAAACAGUACAUGUCAAACAUUGAACAACUUGACAACACUCGUCAAGAAUGGGAGUCAACGCACAUCAACACAUGUGAGAUGUUUCAGCAACAAGAAGAAGACCGCCUCAAUGUGCUAAGGAAUGCUUUGUGGGUGCACUGUAACCACUUAUCAAUGCAGAGUGUAAAAGAUGACGAGUGUUACGAGGAUGUGAGGAAAGCACUGGAAAACUGUGACAUCGUCACAGACAUCAAUUACUUUGUGGACACGAAAGGAACUGGCUCAACCCCACCAGCUCCAAUUCAAUACCAAAAUUACUACGAGAACGAUGGCACAGCUGACAGAAAUGGCAGCGUUGGCUUUGUAGGAGUCAUGAAAAGGUUUUCAAAUCUUCUGCAGGUGAACUGUUCCAGUGGCUCCAAAAUGAGCAUCAAUGAACCAGUUGCCCAACCUAAUGCAGAAACACCAGAUGGAGUAUAUGCUUCCAUUCCUGGAUUGCCGGUGACCCACUUGAGCAGCGACCAGUACAAGGCCGUGUAUGACUAUGAGGCACAGGGGAAUGAUGAGCUCUCUGUAUCUUUUGGGGACAUUGUGGUUGUCCUAGAACAAGGUGAGGAUGGCUGGUGGACGGUGCAACGAAAUGGCCUUACUGGAUUGGUUCCAGGCUCUUACCUUGCCAAAGAAUAGGUUUACUUGACAGCCAUAUGUAAGACUACUAUAUUUCCUACAACUAUGUAGUAAAGGCCUUAGUCAUUUCGAAUAAUUUGAUCAUAUCUGUUGUUUAUAUUUUUGUUACAUGCAUCAUUAAAGACCCUAUGUGUAGGAUUUCAAAAUUUCAAACUUUGGCACCCUCUAUGGUGAUAUCAGUGUACAUGCCAUAGAUGUGCCCAUAGUGUGAAUUAACGGUUUCCGAUUUUUAUAAUGAAUUAAUAAUCCUAGAGAUAGGGACUUUCACUUACAAUUAAUGGUUAAUUAUUUAUUGCUAUGGCACAUAUUCACAUUAAUUUGCCCUUACUGCUCAUGUAUUGAGCGCACCUCAUACCAGAGACAGCUGAGCGAAGUUUAUUCAAAUACUCUGGUAUUCUUGUAUAUUUCAGGUCUGAAAUGAUCGGCAGAAUGUUUGAUUUCUCUUGUUGGCCUUUAUGUCAUUUCAUUGUGUAGUUAUUGUUUCUAUUCUCAAUGCCAAAAAGUGUAAUUAAGCAUUUGUUUGUAUUUAUUCAAUAUUAAAGAGAAAUCCUCAGGUUUUAA